AUGAAGUUCACUCUCAUCGUCGCUGCCUUCGCGGCCGUCGUCUCGGCCGUCACGCCUCCAGACGUGUCCAAGCCAGCCGCCGGCAACAUCAUCUACACGCCCGGCCUCAACCAGCAGGUCGAAGCCGGCAAGCCCUUCACCAUCACCUGGAAGCCAACCACCAAGGGCAAGAUCUCCAUCCUGCUCCUGCGCGGCCCAUCCAUCAACGUCAAGCCAAUUGCUACUCUCGCCGACUCCAUCGAGAACACCGGCACCUUCAACUGGAUUCCCUCCACCUCGCUCGAGAACGACGUCACCCACUACGGUAUCCAGAUCAUCGUCGAGGGCACCGGCCAGUACCAGUACAGCACCCAGUUCGGCGUCAAGAACGACACUCCCCUCCAGCCUAAGCCAUCUGCUCCCGCUACUCCCACCUGGACCGGCCGCCAGCCAACCGCGCCAGUCACCCACAUCGCUGUCCCAGUCGGCACCGGCACCACCGUCCCAACCGGCGUCGUCACCCUGACCACCUCCGUCUGCCCACCAUCCAGCACUCAGACUCAGGCUCCAGGCGUCCCUCACCCAACCGGCACCGGCGUCCCAACCGGCGUCCCUCCACCACCACCACCAGGUGCCACCACCACCACUCCUCCCUUCAACAACGGCGCCGGCCGCGUCUCUGGCGGCGUCGGUGCUGCCCUCCUCGCCAUCGCCGCUGCUUUCGCCUUGUAA